AUGGUAAAGUAUAUACUGGUCACCGGAGGAGUUAUUAGCGGUGUCGGAAAGGGAGUUAUUGCGAGCUCCAUUGGUACAAUGCUCACACAUUGUAAGAUAAACGUGACAUCCAUUAAAAUUGAUCCUUACAUCAACAUUGAUGCAGGAACUUUUUCGCCGUAUGAACAUGGUGAAGUUUAUGUGCUGGAUGAUGGAAGUGAGGUCGAUUUGGAUUUAGGAAAUUAUGAAAGAUUCAUGGACAUAACCUUAAGAAAAGACAAUAACAUAACAACUGGGAAAAUCUAUCAACAUGUGAUUAAUAGAGAAAGACAAGGAGAUUAUUUAGGAAAAACUGUGCAAGUUGUACCUCACAUUACUGAUGCCAUUCAAGAAUGGAUAGAAAAAGUUGCUAAUGAAUCUAUAAGUCAAAAUUCAGAGGUGUUUCCAGAAGUAUGUAUAAUAGAACUAGGAGGAACAAUUGGUGACAUAGAAGGAAUGCCAUUCGUGGAAGCAUUUAGACAAUUUCAAUUUAAAGUAAAAAGGGAAAAUUUUUGUGUGGUGCAUGUUUCACUUGUUCCUCAGCCGAAAUCAACAGGAGAAGCGAAAACGAAACCAACUCAGGCUAGUGUUAGGGAAUUGAGAGGUUUAGGUUUAUCACCUGAUUUAAUAGUUUGUAGAAGUGAAGGACCUAUUUGUGAAGAAGUUAAAAAAAAAAUUUCAAAUUUUUGCCAUGUUCCUCCAGAACAGGUGAUAUGCAUCCAUGACUUAUCUUCUAUAUACAGAAUACCUUUAUUGAUGGAAAGCCAAAAAGUUAUUGAAUUUUUUAAUAACAGAUUACAAUUGAAUAUUUCACUUCCAUUACCAAAUGAUUUUAUGUUAAAUUGGAAAAAUUUAGCAGAUAGGAUAGAUCAGUCGAGGCAAAUUGUUAAUAUAGCACUUGUGGGAAAAUACACAAAGUUGCAAGAUGCAUAUGCAUCAGUCACGAAAGCUUUGCAACAUGCUGCAACUCAUAUCGGAUACAAGAUUAAUUUAACUNNNNGUUAUCCAGAUACGACAAAUCCUGUUAUUAUCGACAUGCCCGAACACAACGCGGGUCAAAUGGGGGGCACCAUGCGUUUAGGAAAAAGAAAAACUGUUUUCGUCGUCGAAAAUUCAAUUCUUAAAAAAUUAUACGAAAAUCGAUCUUAUAUUGAAGAAAGACAUCGUCACAGGUAUGAAGUCAAUAUUGAAUAUAAAGACGAUUUAGAAAAAGCUGGAAUGAUAUUUGUGGGACAAGAUGUCGAUGGGCAAAGAAUGCAAAUUUUGGAAUUGAAUAAUCAUAAUUAUUACGUUGCCACUCAGUUUCAUCCGGAAUAUCUAUCCAGGCCUUUACACCCGUCGCCGCCUUUUAUGGGAUUGAUAUUAGCUUCCAUUGGUAAAUUAAAUUUUUCUUCUUAA